AUCACCACAUCGACAUUAAAAGGAAAUUGGUAACAGUUUUCGCAACUUAAACCUUAGAAUCUUAGCACAAUUUUCAAGUAGAUAUUGUACGAUGCGUUCUGCCGUUGUUAUAACUGCAGUGCUUUUUGCACUUCAAAUUAACGGUGCCUUUGGUAUUGCUCAGUUAUUAGCUCCGGUUCUUGAUCCAGUGUUGAAGCUCCUUCCAAUAGAUGUGACACGUGCGCUUCCCGGAAUAGCGCAGUUACUGGGUAAAUGCGAUUGUGGUGGAACCUCACCAGAGUUUGAGCAAGAAGUUGCCGCUUACAAUGUGUAUAAGAAUUUUACUCGGGAAAAUAAUGCGUACGAUUAUUGUUGCCGAGCCGAUCAGUUUCCACAUAUAAGUAAAGCCGUCGCUUGUUUCGCUUUUUGUUUACAAAACAAUGUCGCACUCAAAGUUGGACAGCCACUUUGUAAAUUACUAACGGCCAUAAGCCCAUUGACAUGUGACGUAGAGAAGAAUCCCUGUUCAACUGGUUGCAAGCUACAAAGUUCACUUAGUCCACUUUUAGGCCCAGUUGGUUCAUUCCUCGGAUAUACGAUCGUGAAAGUACUCGAUCCUCUUAAUGCUUUAGACGGCUGUCUCAUACCAGGCGCUGCGCAAUUUUACAGUCAAGCCAUUAAUAACCAACAAGACCGACGUAAUUACGGUAACGCAGUAGAUCCAGUAGGAGCCGUCGGCGGUAUUGCCCUUGGCGGAUUGUUUGCGAUUUUCCGCUGUUUGGGUGGUCCGAUCUCACAUAUGAGCUUGAGCGCUUGGGAAGCUGGUUCGCAGAAAAUAGUAGAUAACUGCUUGAACAAUAAGGAAGCUAAAUAUUGGAAACAACCUGCCUUGAAAACAGAUCAGUGUUAAGUUUAUGAAAUGUAAUCGUUUUGCGCACUAGAUGUAAGAGCCGAAAGCAAGUUCGGUAAUACAUCGUGUGCGCAAAAUGCCCCAUUUCAUAACGUAGCAGGAACAAGUUUUUAUCUACUACACAAUUCACGGUUGUACAUAAAAUAAUUUGUAAAUAACAGUGAAAGUUUGUUAUAAACUAGUUUUUUGCUGUUAUGUCAAUAGAAAGAAA